CUGUCCAAUCGGAGGUAUGAGCCCCUGGUGCAGCUAUGCCAUGUGGGCCACGCAGAUUACAUCCUCUAAUCUGCCUGUCAUGAAAAUCCAAGCACAGAUGUAAAAGAAUCAGAAUCAGAGGCAUCGUGUACCGACAAAUGGAUGGCUGGACGCCAAACCCAAGAUGGGAAAAGACUGAAUGAACUCAUAUCAACAAGGCAGAAAGCAGGCGUUCAUGAGAAUGGACCAGCCAACCACCGCCAAGAAGCCACUAUGGCUCACAUUGGACAUUCCCAUCAUUCAGCUGACACCUGAUGACAUGUCCACUCAUAAGGAGCCACUAAAACGCCAGCGCAGUGUCAGCGUGCCAGGAGCAAACUCUCAGGGCGGCCAUGCUGCCUUAGAAACAUCUAAAAACUACCUCAGACCUCCUCUGGCGAGAUUGCCGUCCUCCACACUGUCCAAAGGAGAGUGUAGGGAGAAAAAAGUGCACUUUGAGCGAGUCAACACAAUUCCCCCUAAGGGUCAGAGGUGCCCUCGGAGGGUGUCUACUAUCCGAAGACGUUCUUGCAUUCCCAAAAUACUGACCCGACGACGGUCAUCGAUACCCAAACAGAUUAUCAGGGGUACAGCAGACUGGUUUGGGGUGAGCAAGGACAGCGACAGCACCCAGCGAUGGAGGAGGAAGAGCCUGCAGCACUGCGGCCAACUCUACGGUGGUCUGAAGGCUCAGGUGAUGAGGAGUAUGGAGCUACCCAGCCAGGACAACAUCUCCCUGGCCAGUACCGAGACCCCUCCUCCCCUUUAUUUCCCACCCCAACACCCCAGUCACCAUCGCUAUGGCAUGCAGAGGAUUGUGGACCCCCUGGCUCGGGGUCGUGCCUUCCGUUUGGCGGAAGAGGUAGACUUCAGCGUCCUGCCGACUCCUGUCACCCCGUGUGGCGCGUCUCUCUGCUCCUUUUCCAGCUCUCGAUCAGCCCUCAGCAGGAUGCCACGGCGACGCAAACGGGAGUCCGUCGCCGUCAUGAGCCUUAAAGCUGCGGCAGCACUAAUGAAAGGCCGCACAGUAGCUGAAAGCACCACAGGUCGGCGUCGAAUGCGGAGUUUCCUGCCCCCCAGUUUCUUUCAAGACGACCAUGUGGACUUCCCUGAUGAUCUGGAUACAUCUUUCUUCACCGAAGAAGGUCUGCAGGAUGAACUGUCCAGCUACGCCGAUGAGGUUUUUGAGACGGCAUCAGAGGCUGCAUGUCAAAUGGUCGAUGAGGGUGAUCUGACAGGAAGUGCGUUGGAUAGGAACGAACUGGAGAGGAGUCACCUGAUGCUGCCAUCAGAGCGAGGAUGGCGUAAAGCGAAACACGGCUCAUCAGUCCAACCUAAGGCGCAUUUGAAUCAAGACGCGGUGAGUCAACAGCGCGGACAACGAAUCACCGUUCCCGUUAAAAAACUGUUCGCCCGAGAGAAGAGGCCUUACGGGCUCGGCAUGGUCGGCCGCCUCACCAACCGAACGUACCGCAAGCGCAUUGACAGCUUCGUCAAGAGGCAGAUUGAAGACAUGGACGACCACAGGCCUUUCUUCAGCUACUGGAUCACAUUUGUGCAUUUACUCGUCACCGUUCUGGCUGUCGCCAUCUACGGCAUCGCUCCUGUGGGCUUCUCGCAACAUGAAACUGUUGAUUCAGUGUUACGCAACAAGGGGGUGUAUGAAAAUGUGAAAUUUGUGCAGCAACAAAAUUUCUGGAUUGGUCCAAGUUCAGAGGCGUUGAUUCACCUGGGAGCCAAGUUUUCCCCAUGCAUGCGUCAGGAUCAGGAGAUCCACAGGCUGGUCCAGGAGAAGAGGGCUAAAGAGAGAGAGUCGGGGUGCUGCGUAAGGAACGAUCGCUCUGGCUGCUUACAGACCUCUCAAGACGAGUGCUCGACCACCUUAGCAUUGUGGGUAAAAUGGCCUCAACACCCCAGUGCUACUUAUCUGAAUAAUAAACCACGCCAAUACGGUGCCGUCUGCCAUCAGGACCCCAGAAUUUGUCAGGAGCCUGCCUCUGUUUCACCUCAUGAGUGGCCUGAAGACAUCACCAAGUGGCCAAUUUGCACAAGAUACAAUUUUGGGAAUCACACCAACCUGCCCCACAUCGACUGUACCAUCACGGGCCGACCCUGCUGCAUCGGAACCAAAGGACGGUGUGAAAUCACUUCCAGAGAGUAUUGUGAAUUUAUGCACGGCCACUUCCAUGAAGAAGCUACUCUCUGCUCACAGGUUGCCUGCAUGGAUGAUGUAUGCGGACUACUUCCUUUCCUCAACCCAGAAAUCCCAGACCAGUUCUCCCGACUAUGGCUGGCCCUCUUUCUUCAUGCUGGGAUCCUACAUUGUGUGGUGUCGGUGUUAUUCCAAAUGACCAUCCUCAGAGAUCUGGAGAAGCUGGCUGGCUGGCUGAGAAUCUCCAUCAUCUACAUGCUGAGUGGCAUCACAGGCAACUUGGCUUCGGCCAUAUUUCUGCCCUACAGGGCGGAGGUGGGCCCUGCUGGUAGUCAGUUUGGCAUCCUGGCGUGUCUCUUUGUGGAGCUCUUUCAGAGCUGGCAGAUCCUUGAGAGGCCAUGGCGGGCGUUUGGGAAGCUGUCAGCCAUCUCCGUGUUCUUCUUCUCUUUUGGCUUGCUUCCCUGGAUUGACAACUUUGCCCACAUCUGUGGUUUUGUCUCAGGAUUUUUCCUAUCCUUUGCCUUUUUGCCAUACAUCAGCUUUGGGCGUUUAGAUAUGUACCGCAAGAGGAUCCAGAUCUGCGUAUUCCUGCUGGUGUUCCUGGGUCUCCUCUCCGCCUUGGCCGUGCUUUUCUAUGUUUACCCUGUGAAGUGCGAUUGGUGCGAGUACCUCACCUGCAUCCCAAUCACGGACAAAUUUUGCGAGAAGUACGACCUGAACGCCAACCUGCUUUGACCCACGUGGGUCAUAAAUGGUGCCAUUCCUAAAAUGAAGAGGACAACUCCAUUUGGAGCCUUCAGAGCGAGCUGUAAUUUUUUUCUUUCUUUCUUGGAGGUAAACAUCAUGCACAAAAGAAGCCUUCAAAGAUUGUUAUGUACAAAUGUUUUAGCAGUGACUCAAAUGUUGUGUUUUAUUAACUUUGCUGCUUUGUGAGUCACACCGGUUGUAUAUUAUUGUAUUGGAAUCAUGUAUAAUUAUUUUAAAAAGUUGACUUUUAAAAUGACUUAACCAAAGUAUAUAACACAUAUGAAGUGCUUAUAUUUUUCUGUAUAUAAUAAAAGCAUUAUAAAAUGAAGGCAUGAAUAAACACAAAAUGUAAGUCACUGCUAAAUGUUUGUUAACUUUUGUUAACCAUAAAUUCUGUCUACCAAAAAUCUGAUGGUGACCUCAAUCUGAAACCAACUUGGGUUCUGCAGCAGGACAAUGAUCCAAAACACACCAGCAAGUCCACUUCUGAAUACCUGACGAAAAACCAA